GCUUCCUCUACUUCCCGCCAAGUUCUCGUUUAAAAUCUACGGCAGCUGCCGAUUUCGACAGUAUUUGAAGGUUACUUAAUUUGGCACGUCAGGCCUAUCACAACGCAAUGGACAUCUAUUUUUCCGGAAGCAUCCGAGGAGGCCGUCAGGACGUGGAGGUCUACCAGCGUGUUAUCAAACUACUGCAACAGUAUGGUGCCGUGCUGACGGAAAACAACUUCAAGGCAGGCGGUGGCGGUGAUGAUGAAAAAGAUCUAGAUGAUCGAGAAAUCCAUGACCGAUGCAUGGCUUGGCUAGAGCAGGCUGAAGUUGUUGUGGCAGAAGUGACACAGCCAUCUUUGGGAGUUGGUUAUGAAAUUGCACAAGCUGUUGGCAUGGACAAACGAAUCCUGUGCUUAUUCCGCGAGUCGACUGGAAAAAAGCUGUCGGCGAUGAUCCGUGGCUGCGAUAAUGAAGACACAAUCAUUGUAAAAGAUUACAAAGAAGCAGAUCUUCCUGCCAUUCUUCAGGAAUUUUUUACAUCAGUACAGGCAGAGGCGGAAGGAGAUGAUGGGGACGAAGGGGAGGAAGACAUCGAAGGAGAGGAGGUUGAUGAAGAGGAGGGAGCAGGGGAGGAGGAGGAGGAUGAAGAUGAUGGAGAGUAGAUGCCCCAAGUUCCAAAUAUUGACAUUCAUUCAAAUGGUCAGUGUACGUACAGGCCAUGAGGUUGUAGUCAGUCCAAACUCUGCAGUGGAUCCAGCACACGACUGGCUUCCACGACUGUCCAAUUGAUAAACACCAAGGAUGUCUGGUAGAUCCGGUCACCAGCAAAAAUGAACAGAAAGACUCCUGGCAAGGCAGAUCCCAGAGAGGUGAAUGCAGCGAGAAAUUGUGAUUUUGGUUCCGUUUUUAACGGGGACUUUGAGGUCUGCUGACAUCCAGACUUCUAACAUCGUAACGAUCUGAUGUGUUCAUCGCUAGAAUUUUAUCAGCAAGUUUCGCAUUCUGGAUAUUAAUCCCUUGGAGGCGAUAGUGGUUGUUGUGAAGAUACCGUCUGCUGCAUUUGCUUCUCUGGCCGUGUGAUUUGUGUUUUUUGUUCAACUAAAACCCCCUCGGGUUGGCCCUCGGCUAUAACUUGUAAAUAGAUGUCUAGCCAGAUUGUACAUUGACGGCACUGUCUAUCAGUACUAUCUCCCCGAAUGAACAACUUGAUGCCAAGGUUCCAUCAAGAAUAGAAGAAGAACAAUAUUGUUUGUAGUUGUUAAAUACCGUCUAAUGCGGAUCUCGUUAAGUCUUGUGCUGUGUAGAGCAUCGAUGCAGUCGGUGUUUCCGACAUGAAAUGUCUUCUGUCUCGGUGUUUGCACACACUAUGAUCCUAUGGUGAUUCUGUGUGCAUGACCCUACCAACGUUGAAGGUAUGUAACUGAGUAAAACCAACUUGAUGUAUGAAAUCUUUGCACUUUUUCAAUAGGUGACAUUUUGCGUGUCGUUUGCGAGUCAUGGAUGAAAGUAUAAAACAGAAAAGUUUCGUCAUUUACAUAAUCAACUUGCAAUUUCUGUGCCCCGCAUUCCAAGAGUUUGAUUUUACUUGGCACAUCAUCCUCAAUUGAAAUCGUGGUGUUGUCAAUUAUAAGUGACACGGCGGUACUCCUUUGUCUGGGGCCAUUCGUGAAAUUCACUGUUUACUUCAUUUUUUUGUUGUGAAUGUCCUUUCUUUUAUACCAUUUGCGUAAAUGUUUUGUGUAUAUACAUGUAGUUUUCUAAAGCCUGAGUAGUCAUGGUCAAUACGAGAGCCAUGAGAAUACCCUAGUUAAUUUUUUAGGAUCGCUUGAGAAAAAAAGAAGCCGUCUGCAAGAGUAUUGACCAUUAGGGUAAUUUGCUGCCGCUGGUUAUAGGUUCGUGUGAGCAUGUGCAUGCAUCUUCCAAGUUUAGCUAAAGUUGGAAUGUGUUCAUCUUGUAAUGCAAUAAUGUCCUUAGCAGCAGUGUAGCGCUACAAAUUUUACACAAGUUUGUUUAACUUGAGCAACCAGUGCAAGUUUUGGUGUGAACUAUCAUUGACACAUACAGAAAUAAACAAGUAGCCAGCUCGUGUUCAUCAGCCUGCAACGCCAUCCUGGUGCUCUGUCUAUUGCGAAGCGUUCCUCUGCGCUCUAGGCGUAAUUCAGGUACCGCCCUCAAGCAGUUUUAAAUGUGCAACAUGGUGGUGUUGGGUUGGUUCUAGAUUCACUAUGUUACAUUUUUAGAGCAGAUCGCACACUCGUCUAGCCGCACCAUGUUUAGUGUUCGCUGUCCUAAUAUUAUUAUUAUCGCGUAGAGAAUGAGGAUUUCCAAGAUGUAACCAAAGAUAUCUGACCAGCUGAAAGCUAUUAAUGUUCCCUAAGUGAAUUUUUUCUGCCACGUUUUGUUUUCUGGGUGCGUCCUUAGAAUUUGGAACUGUACAGUGCCGAGCUCUCUGUCUUUGGGCUCUACUAGGCCUGCAGCUGCGCAUCAGCGUAUUCAUCUAAAACAAAGGUAUAUAUUUUACUGACAAAUACCAGGUGCCGACUGUGUGAACUGUGCUCAGGUGCUGGUGCUGUUACGGGCACAAAACACGAAUCAUGUAAGGCUGUCUUUGUAGGCGUUGCGCUAAGAGCAACUACAGUGAUGCCUGCUUGGCAACACUCACUCCAGUAUCCGCAAGUUUUGUGUCAAGUUCACAGGUCGAGAUUACCUAGAGAAUGAUUCUGCACCAUGCAACACACAGGACGUGUCUCGUCGUCGUCGUCGUCGUUACGACGUGACGGACGUACUUUCUGAAUGGAGACGUACACUACGGAUUUCAGUUUGGAAAUCCGUUCAUGCUCCAUUGAGCUCUGAGCGAUGAUAUGCAGAGUACAUGUGCGUGAACGUGUAGGACCGGCUGUCUAACAUCGCAGCUACGAGCUAAACUAGAAUGCGCGAGAGCUGGCCACCUUCACUAUAGUUGCUACGAUUGGGCUGUGGUGUGAGGGAAAGAACCGGAAGUCCACAAAUAUCUGUCAGCGUAGAUUUGUAUCAAGAUCCUACAGAAUAAAAUAAUCAUUUCUAAACAAAUUAUGUCUAGUAUUGUAUUGUUAAAUGCGCUCUGUGAAGAUAGUGGUUUUAGUAAUUGUCGAGCAAAUGGUUGAAAAUAAAAAAAACCUAUUGUA